CAAUAAUUAAUAAUAAAAAUUAUUAAAAAUGGCAUUCAAACAAGUUUGUACUUCAUUGUUGGUAACAGUAGCUUGUUGCACUGUUUUAUCAGUGGCAACACCACUCAGUUACUUAAGAGAUAAUGACCAAAAUGGUUCCCCAUUCGGAAAUCAAAAUCAAGGUUUUGUCUACUUAAGAGAUAAUGGCGUUAAUCAAUUAUCAUCCGUUAUUCCAUUACAGUCUGGACCAGUAAACUAUGUCAACAAUCUUGUUGGAGAUUCCCAAAUCCAAACUAUCGCUUCAUACCCAAAUACAAUUAGCAGCGUUGGAAUCGUUGGAUAUAAUGGAUUAGGUCCCAAUAUCAUAAACAAUGUAAACAGCCUAAACGGUUUACCAACUGUUCAAUACCAAACCGUUGCACAGACUGUACCAAUCGUCAACCAAAUUGUGAGCUACCCAGGUGUUCAACCAGUUGCUCAAUAUGCUGUUCAACAACCAUCAGUUAUUGGAGCAUCUGCAGGAUACCCAAAUAAUAACCAACAAGUUACCAACAACCAAGUUGCUCCAGUGGAAGUCAACAUUAGUGGCAAUCCAGGCUAUAGCUGUUAAAAUUAUAGUUGUAAAAAAAUUUUCUGUAUAAAAGUUGUUAUUU